AUGCUGUGGCAGCAAGGUUGGAAAUUAUCUUCCGGCCAUGAUGCUAUUACAUCAGGAGUUCUCAAAGCUAAAUACUACCCAAAAGGGGUCUUCUUAGAGUAUGCUGCUUUUGCCAAAACAACCUUGAGAACACAUGGCACUGCUUUGUGGGCAGCACCCAUGUAUAGAACUUCCGGGUACAAGCACGUCUGUGGAAUAGCAUUUUGGGUCCUGUUGAAAAUGUGUUACAUAGGCUUGGAGAUUCUGGCAUUUCCAUGUAACCAAUUUGGAGAGCAAGAACCAGAAAGCAAUGAUAAAAUUGUGGACUUUGUCUGCACUCGUUUCAAAUCUGAAUUCCCCAUCUUUGACAAGAUUGAAGUGAAUGGGGGUAAUUCAGCUCCUCUGUAUAAAUUCUUGAAGUCCGGCAAAUGGGGUAUUUUUGGUGAUGAUAUUCAGUGGAACUUUGCCAAGUUUGUGGUUGAUAAGAAGGGACACGUAGUGGGUCGCUAUUAUCCCACGACUUCUCCUCUAAGCCUUGAGAGAGACAUCCGUCAACUUCUGGGUAUUUCGUGAAGGCAACUGGGAAGAGAAGAUAUGGCGAAUGUGUUGUCUUCCUCAGUUACUUAACAGCUUUAUCUCGAGGCAAUGUUAUGCAAUAAGCACCUUGUCUUACAAUGGCUUCCUCCUUUACUUUCUUGUUUCCUUUUUAACUUCAUUUAUAUCAUAAACCAUACUUCUCUUCAGUUUUUUUUAA